UCUUUGCAGUCUUCAAACUCUUGUGCUACACACAGCACAGACGACGGCAAAAAGUAUGCGUUACUAUGAAGAUCCAUAUCGCUGUCAUGCUCGUCAUCACCAUUUUCGUCCAAAUAUCGAGGUUGAUGUUUUCCCCGGUUGGGGUGGCUCUUAUUAUUCGCCGGCGUUUGCUAGGCCCGAAGUUGUCGUCGUAAGCCCAGCAACAAACUAUGUGCAAACCAGUCAGGUCAUAGUUCAACCGCAGCCUUAUCCAGCGCCAGCAGCUUACUAUCAACAGCAGACCACCUAUCAAUAUCAACAGCAGUAUCAACAAUAUAACAAUCCGCCCUAUCCUCGCUGGUAGACGCCAAACCCAAACCCAAACCCAAACAUGUGUAAAAUUAUUCAAUUAUGUUAAUCAUUGUUUGUGUAUAUCAAUAAACGUAAUUUUAAGUUGCAAAGUGUACAUAAUGA